AUGCGUAUGAGCGUAUAUAUCUAUCUGAAUCCCAUCCUCAAGGAUUUGGAACAGCAGAUCCCACGCGUUGAAUCGAAAACCGUCAUUGUUCUGCGACGAGAAUUGAACAAUGGCAAAAUUGAUAGAGGAGGAGGACGAGUCGCAGAGACGGCAUGUUGGGAAGCGGAAUCGAUGAAGACAUUGGAGCGGAGGGGCGUUCUCCUUGUCACUCUGAUCCGACGUGAAGGCGAGCUCCAUCGCCAACGAGCUUCACCGCUAUUUGGAGAUCCAGAGGGAGCAAGGAGGAAAAGAGAAAGAAAAGCGCCCUUCGUCCACAAAAUCACACAUUCUGAUUCCCAAUUCCCCGAAACCCCAUGUCUUGAUGAUCAAAACUCUAACCUAUUUGCUUGGUUCCAUCAGAAUCCACAAGGAUAUUCGGUUUCCUCUCCCCAAACCGUUGAUUCAGUGGCCGCCACUGCCUGCCACAGGGGACUGAAGCGGAAUAAAUUGAAUCCAGAGCUAUCUACUGAUGAGGAGAAGCUCCUAGUUCUGGUCAAAUCCCUGAAACCCAUUCCAUUCAUACCCUCUGAAGCCCUUGAUUUCAAGAGCCGCGAGUCACUCCUGAGGAGACUAGGGCUUUGGGACUUUGUUCAUGUCGAGUUUGAUACCAGCAUUCGCAGCGGUCUUCUAGCGCAAUUGAUGGCCAAUUAUACACCUAACUUGCGCGGCGGUUACGUGAAUGGGAUUAAGAUAAUGGUGAACAGGGAGGACUAG